UCUUAACGGUCAUCAACUGCCUUCUCGCGCCUUUUCCAAUUGAGUUCUAUACUGUAUAUAAAUUUAAACAAUAUGCACUAAUGAAUCAACAAUUUCUAUUCACUGCUCUCUCUAACUCGGUGGUGCUACUAUUCUGGAGCAACUACCAACUAAUUCCAAACUUCACAAGGACAACGUUCCCAAUUUCCUUCAAAGAAACGGAGAUUUUACAGUAACAGAUACUCAAAGGUCUUCAGGUAUGGCGGAUCCAGAUGCCAAUAUUCCCAAUCAUGACCCUUUUUAUGACCCACUAGCGGAUAACACUCUAACUUUCAUGAACAACAUGGAGCCCCUAUAUAGGGAUGGGGAUACAACCACAACCUAUUUAAACCCCGAGUGGCGUGCUAUGAACAGUUUCAUGGGCAACAGGAAUCACCCAUUUAUGGAUGACACUAUGAACAGUUUCUUGAACAACAUGAAUCCCUCUCUUUCAGGGAACUCUUCUUUAAAUAAUUCAAAAAUGUGGCGUUUACCCGUUAACUCUCAGUCGAAUCCUUCAAACAACAAUUUGGGAACGAGUUCUCAAAUACAACCAAACUUGGAAAAUGAAGAUUUAAACAAUCCGCAUGUUCCUACUCAUGUGGACUCACCUAUCCAGGAACCCUCGCAACAUCUCUUUAUUCGUCAGUCACGUGAGAAACGUAAGCAACCUAUCGAUGUUAAUCGUUCGAAGGAAUCAGUUCAAACCUUUACUCGCAAGAAGAAACACUCUAAUGCAGGGUGCUCUGGGUCGGGUGGUUCAAAGAAUCCUGGGGCAAUGAAUGAUCAAGGUGAAACAAACUUGGUAAAUGAAAAUGUAAACAGCCAGAGUAUUCUUAGCCAACAAGACUUAUUACCUGUCCAGGGGCCUGAUUUACAUCCCACUUCAAUUCCUCCAUUUACAGAGCAAGAAGCCACUGAACCUUUACAGACAGCAACCAAUUGGGGGGGUACAGGCAAUGAGUCCAAUUUGGAAAAUUCUCAGGCGGGUAUGCACAAUGAGUCUAAUUUGGAGAAUUCUCAAACGGCUUCUUUUAGUUUUCAUCGAGAAACAAGCAGUCAAGUAGGGACUAGUUUGAGAACAGAAAGGCUUGAUAACAAUAAGGGGAAACUUUCUGGUAGGCCAAGGGGACCACCCCCGUCAGAUUGCAGUGGCUGCGAAAUGUUGAGAGAAAUUAUUCAUCGUAAAGGCCCCCUUGUUAAGAAACUACAGCUUCAUGGUGAAUUAUUACGUGGCCGUUAUUUUCAUGCUGUCAUUAAUGUUUUAAACGAGGAUACUAGUGUGGUUUCAGAUGUUGAAAAUAUCAAUUUCUAUGACAAAGGCUAUAAGGAUGUAGAAAGGUUCCUUUCACAAUAUUUCAUCAAGCAAGAGCAAGAGGGAUGGAGCAUGCAUGAUGAUCCUCGUGCAGUUUUCUUUAAAGUCCUAUGCUUCGGGCCUGACGGAUGAAGCUGCAAAUCCUGUCUCCCCGAUAGCACGAGUAUUAGCUACUGUCCUUGCUCAAGCUGCGAGAAUAGAAAUCCUCUGCCCC